AGGCGAAUAAGAUAAAUGAACUAACCCAGGUAGGAUGAUUCCAAUAACUUUGGGAGAGGCACUGGACAAAACAAACAAUCAUGGCAGAUACCAGAUUUUGCUGUUUGUUCUAUGCUCACUUUUCACGGCUCAAGAAGUAUUUCACAUCUGUUUAGACAUCUUUACCGCUAAGCCUCUGUCUUGGAGAUGGAGAAAUGAGGACACAGAAAUUGAACGGUUCUCUUAUCCACCGUGUCAGGCCAGCAGACCGUGGGUUUAUACACAAAACAGCACGGUAUCAAUCAGAAGCGAGUUUGACCUGCACUGCAGUCCAAUAAAGCUAAGUCUGAUUCCAGCCUCCUUCUUCGCUGGUCGAGUGUGCGGACUGCUCCUUUUCUGGAGCGUGAGUACUCAGUUUGGGAGGAGGUGGCCUGUCAUCUGUUCCAUCUGGGCUAACAGCAUUGUGUCGUGGCUGCUAAGCUGCAGCGUCAGCUACGAGGUAUACGUUAUUUUGCGUAUUUUGGACGGGUUCACAAUGGAAGGGUAUGUGACAAUAAGCUACGUGUUAUUGAUAGAAUGUAUCAACGAAAAAAAAAGACAAAUAUUCGCCACUCAAUUCAGGAGCUUACAGGGAUUGGGAUUCAUCAUUCUGUCCGCGGUAGCGUAUCUGUCCUCCAGCUGGAAAAUGACGAGUCUGAUAAUGGGGCUUCUUAUAACGAUACACGGAGCUCUUGCUAGUGUGUUUAUACCAGAGUCCCCACGGUGGCUGCUCGCACAAGGCAGAAACGGUGAUAUCGUAACAUUGAUUCACAAAGUAUCAACUUGCAACAACCGAAGGAUAAAAGACCAGUUUUACAUUAUCGAGAACAAAAAAAUAACUCCAAGAGAGAGUCUUAUGGCAGAGAAGGAGUUAUUUCUGACCACGCUAAGUCUUGUGAUCGUAUGGGGUCUUCUUCACGUAGCCGAGUACAUCCUCUACUUCAACAUUCUCUUCCUGCCUGGGAAUGCUUAUCUCAACCUGCUCUUACUAGGUGUGUGUGAUAUCCCAGGCAGAGCUUUACCCAUCGUCCUGAUGGACCACUUAGGAAGAAAACGAACUUUGUUUCUGUGGAACCUGUUGGCAGGGUUAUUUCUGCUGGUGUGUUGUGUCGACAACAAAAUCGUCCGGUCCCUCUCUUACUUCAUCGCAAAGCUGGUUAUGUCUGGGAAUAUUGUCCUGAUUAAAGUGUACACAAACGACCUGUCACCCCGGAGCGACUACUCUGCGCUUUACGCCUACUGUGAGCUAAUGAGCAGAUUAGUCGGGUGCGGUGUUCCCUUCCUCCUCUGCCUCAACUAUCAGUACCCUUCCUACUGGCACAUGUACGCUGUGGCGGGCUGUUCUGUACUCCUCUCAACCAUCUUCAUCCUCCCUCUCCCUGAGACUCGUGGCAGGGCAAAGCCUGAAAACGUAAACCAGUUUAUCAGCCUGUUCUACGGUUCCAGGUUCAGACCAGUUAAUCAGGGAUAUUCUAAUGGCCGUGUGACCACCCCCCAUAUAAAUGCACAACUAACAAUGAACGCGGGUAAAGCUGUAGAUGAUCAUGUUUACCCUAUGUCUAAAAAGUUGAUGGAGUCAAUUCCACAAGCCUCUACGUCUAGAACGUGGACUGAAAGAGUGGUCCCCAGAUUUCCCCGAAAUAACAUGGAUCAGCGCAAUCAUGGGACGCAAGAAUUUAAACUUAGUCUACUUUCGAACACAGACGUGAGAAAUCAUGAGACACAGCAAGAAUUUGAACUUAAUCUACUUUCGAACACAGACGUGAGAAAUCUCUCUCUACACGACCCAGAUAUCUACAAAUUGAAAAAACACUCCCCCAACCUUGAGUCGGGUGUAAAAGCCCGAGAACUGGUUCGACCAAAAUCUCUCAACAUCCAGAGACGGAACAACAGACCAGUUUUAUCUAGGAACCCUUCUUAUGCGAGCUCGUUAAACGACACCAACACCAUAAUGAGUGCAACACCCGAUACCAGCUUCGACCUGGCUGCAUCUGAAAACAGCAACCUGUUGACACCCAAUAAUGCAGAUUUUCAGAUUAACGAGGAUUUGUUGAAACGGAACAGUCUGUUUACAUUCACUCCGAAAUCAAGCGUUCGCAAGGACUUCUUUUCACUUUCCAGGGUCUAAUAUUUACCUUGUUAAGUUUAUGUGUCAUCUUGGCGUUUUCAUAGUCGUGUUUU